AUGCCCAGAACACCAGCACCAUCCACCAGCACCCGGGACUAUUCACAACUUCUCACCACGACGACUGAAGGGCAAAAAGCAGUUCGGUGGAUGAAGGAUGGAAAGGUGGAGGCCGUCUCUGAAAUGUUGUCAGAUGCGGUUGCGAGGAACGGAGGGGAGCAACUGGUCGCCGAACUCUUCCGCGGAGCAGUAGGAUCGCGAAAAAACAAGGAAUCCAACAUCAACAUCUUCUUCCGCAUCCUUGAAACACUUCCCAACGCCAACACAGCCCCUUCGACCCCAUUCCAAGCCAUCCUCGCCAACACCAAGAAAGCCCACUUGGACUUGGUCAAGCGACUGGGCCUUCUCUGCGCCAAGAAGGGCUAUGGUGACUUUGUCUUCUCCGAGAUUGCCCCCAUCGUCCAAUCUGGGUUUUCCGCGCUGGAGUAUGCGCAAUGGCACCGCGACGUCAACAUUGCCCUCACGACGUUCAAAGGCCUCGUCAUCGACGUCGACAAGGUGUUCGAGGAGGACGUGCAGGACUACAAGGCAGUUGAGGUCGAGCAGAAAGAGCACCCCGUCGUUGGAAUCAUGGACAUGAUCGAGCAGUCGCUUCCGUCUACCCUUCCAGAACCCAUCGCAGGCGACGUGUUCGAGGAACAGAGCUCCGAAUACGUCUACCUAAACAUGGAGUCCCUCGACCACAGUACCACCAAAGUGAUCGAACAAAUGGUUAGCGACGGUCGCUACACCUACGCACACGAACUACUCCAGGAGCUGCAGUCAAUGGGUGCAGAUAUUCCCUAUUCCCUCGCCUACGCUAAACCGGCAGCAGACGCGCUGAAGGCCAUGCAGUCCCUCGACAAGUCUGCCUCCAUCGCGGAGAAGGAAGAUUCCGUUUUCACCUGGCUCCGACUGCUUCCCACCACUCAUAUGACUCAAUCCUUUCCAGCCGAGCUCGAGCAACUCGCAAAUCUCAUCUUUACUUCCCCACUCACCCACCUUCCCUUGAUUCAGAAGGCCGCAGUCCUCUUCGCCUCCAAGGGUUUCGCCAGCCAGGUCUACAAGGACGCCUGUCGCUCUGUUUUCCUCUACGGUUCUCCGGACGAAGCCGAAGAAUUCCUUCACGAUUUUGAGGAAGCGAAUGCCAAGUAUUGGGCGGAUGCGGAGCCUAAGCUUGCCGACCACCGACGCAGGAUGAUGAUGGGAUUGGCAAGAGGUGUGGCGGUGCGGUCGCUACUCGAGCGUGGAGAGUUCCACCGGAUAAUGCCCUUAUUCCUGGACCCCUUUAAAACCAACGCCUAUCUUUCCCUCGGCAUUCACGACCUUGUCAUCCGGAGAUUGAACCGCGACAGACCCGCGAUGUGGAUGGCGUACCUGGAAAUCGUGAAAGCUCGGAAAGACGAGGUCAUUAAAUAUGUGGAGGCCUUGGGCAAGCAAGUAACCGCACCAGCGCCUUCGAUUAAAUCCCGCGACCGCAACCUGAUACCCUACCCCGAUACACUACCGAUUCGGGAACUCGUUCCAUCACUGCGGACACUCAAGGCUCAGAUCAACGGCCACGCCGACCUCUACCACCCCUUAACCCUCGCAGCCUACCUCGAGAACUACCUCGCAAGCGGCCACUCCUUUGGCCUCACCCUCCUCCUUGCCAAAGCCCUCAAAUACAACAUGCCCUUCGCAUCCAACCUCCUCACUGCUGAAAUGCUGCACUACCACCGGAUGGAGUCCCCGGUUACCGUCAUCCGAACUUUUGUGGAACACUUUUACUUGGUCGGCGUGCCGGUGAAGACAGUGUUGGAGGUGGCGAGGAGUGGCGGUUCGGACGGGGGGCAGGAGCAGAUCUUGAGCUCGAGCUCGGGGAGCAGCAAACCCCCACGACGCCGGAUUCAUGAAAUCGGCCUGCACAAUUUCAAUCCUGCGACGUCGAACGUCAAGUUGUGGCCUGCGAAGGAGCACUGCGCGCUUGUUUGGCGCGCUCUAGCCUCCAUCCAGCAAAGCUCGGAAGACCUCGAAGCGUUGUACGGUAAACUCGUACAGAUCGCGCGGGAUGGGAGGGACGUGGACGCCGAAUUGGAGGAUAUGGGUAUCAAGACCCUCGCUGUCAACUGGGCUCGGAAGAAUGCCAACCCAAUUAGCAGCUGGAGUUUCACACCCUUCUUGCGGGGUCUGGGGAAGAACGGUGCGGAGGAGGCGAUAUACGACAUGGUUUCGCUGGGGCUCACGCCGGGUCUUCAUCAUCUUACCGAACUUGCUGGGACCUAUGCGCGGUUGGGCGAUUGGCGGACAGCUAUAGCCCUGAUCAAUCGGUUGGAGAGGCAUAGGCGUGCGCAGCUCUACUAUUUCCAGGGGAAGAAGUACCGGGAGGAGAAGGCGACGGAGUGGGAUGUUUCGGCGUUGGUGGAGAAGGGCCAGGAGUUUGUGUCGAGGAGGAACGAAGCGCAUGUUGUGAUACCUGAUGCUGUGUUGUACAAGACCGUUAUCGCGGGGCUUGUGGAGGCCGGCUUGUUUAGUUGGGCGGAUAAGGUGGAUUUGAUGAUGAAGAAGAAGUAUGAUGUUAGGGAGGGGGAGGAUGCGAAAUUUGAUGAACAGUAUCGUCUUUUGACGAUGUAUCGGCAGAGGAGGGCGGAGAAAUGGGCGAAAGGCAUGAAGGCGAAGGAGAAGGAGCUAGAGGCAUUUUCUGACGCGAAUGUGCAGGUUCAGGCCUAG